AUGGCCCCCGAUCUUAAGCGCAUGCACAGCGAGUCGGGUGUCUACCGCUGCGCCGAAGUGGGAUGCCACCGCGAGUUCAACCGCAAAUACACGCUCGCUGAGCACGUCAAGACGCACACGGGCGAGCGUCCGCAUCUGUGUCCUGUUCCCACUUGUGGCAAGCGCUUCAGCACCUCUGGUAACCUCUCACGCCACAAGCGUCUCCACGGCUACAUCGAGCCGCUCAAAUGCCCCGUUCAGGGCUGCAUCUGCACCUUCCCGAGUAAUAUCAAGCUCGAGAAGCACAUGAAGUUCCACUGCGGAAGCGACGACGUCAAGGUGUGUUUGGUGCCUGGCUGCGGCAAGACCUUCACCACGACGGGCAACCUCAACCGUCACCGGAAAAAUCACCCCGGCGAUGCCGCCUCUGGUUGCGUAACUCCUUCAGCCACCGAGCAGUGGAUCCCAAUGACGCCUCUUGACGACUUUACGCUCUGGUCAGAGACCCUCAGUGAUUUCACUGAGACGGCUACCAACCAGGACCUGCUCGAAGCACUCGAGUCCUUUCUCGACGAGUACGAGCCACUUCAGCUUUAG